GAACUGCUGGAUAAAAACACUAGCGCAACGUGAAUCUCGAGUUCAGUGUAGUGCAGGAUUAUCAGAAGUACUGUUAAUCCUACAUUGGUACAAAUACAUAUUGGAUCCUAUUGUAACGCUCAAUGGCAGCAUUAAAAUACGCAGGUUUGGAUGAUACCGACAGUGAGGACGAAUUACCUCCCGGUUGGGAAGAGAGAACUACAAAGGAUGGAUGGGUUUACUAUGCAAACCAUGAUGACAUGAAGACGCAGUGGGAACAUCCCAAGACUGGGAAAAAGCGACGUUGUGCUGGAGAUUUGCCGUACGGAUGGGAACAGGAAACCGAUGACAAAGGCCAAGUGUUCUACGUUGAUCACAUUAACAAGCGGACCACCUACUUCGACCCGCGGCAGGCGUUCACCGUGGAGGACAUGCAGCAGAAGCCGAAGCGCUACGACUCCAACACCACCGCCCUCGACAUCCUGCAGGGGCGCGACCUGUCCGACCGCGUGGUGGUCAUCACCGGGGCCAACUCUGGGAUCGGUUUUGAGACGGCGAGAUCUUUCGCCCUGCACGGAGCUCAUGUCAUCCUGGCCUGUCGAAACAAGACCCGUGCCGGCGAAGCCGUCGGAGCGAUCCAGCAGGAGUGGCACAAAGCCCAGGUGGAGGCCAUGAUCCUGGACCUGGCCUCUCUGCGCAGCGUCAAGGAGUUCGCUGAAGCCUUCAAGGCCAAGAACCUGGCGCUGCACAUCCUGGUGUGUAACGCGGCUGUGUGCUGGGAGCCCUGGAAGCUGACGGAGGACGGUCUGGAGUCCACCUUCCAGAUCUGCCACCUGGGACACUUCUACCUGGUGCAGUGCCUGCAGGAUGUCCUGCGCAGGUCUGCUCCUGCUCGAGUGGUGAUGGUGUCGUCCGAGUCCCACAGGUUCACGGACCUGGCGGGCUCGUGCGGGAAGGUGGACCUGGCGCUCUUGUCCCCUCCGAAGAAGGACUACUGGUCCAUGCUGGCGUACAACCGCGCCAAGCUGUGCAACGUGCUCUUCUCCAACGAGCUCCACCGCCGCCUGUCGCCCAGCGGCGUCUGCUGCAACGCCGUGCACCCUGGGAACCUGAUGUACAGCUCCAUCCACCGCAACUGGUGGCUGAUGACCCUGCUCUUCAACCUGGCGAGGCCCUUCACCAAGUCCAUGCAACAGGGCGCGGCGAACACGGUGUACUGCGCCGUGUCCCCAGAGCUGGAGGGCCUGGGGGGAAUGUACUUCAACAACUGCGUCCGCUGCCCGCCCUCCCUGGAGGCCCAGAGCGACGCCUCCGCCGCCAGCCUCUGGGAGCUCAGCGAGAGGCUGGUCCUCCAGAGGGCCGGGGCCCCGGGCCAGUAACCGCCAGGGGCCCCCCGUCCACACCCGACCACAGAGGACCCCACCACGGGAGGAGGAGAGGAGGACGAGGAGGAGGAGGAGGAGCGGGUGGGGGGCGGAUGUGUACUAUACUGUACAAGAAAGCUGCCAACCCUGGAUCUCAUCCAGGCAUUUCAUGUAGAGGCUUCUAUACCCCUUGGAUACAGAUUAGAUAGUGUUAAGUGAAGUCACUGCAGGCGCAAGACAGUCACAAUGUUAAGUGCUGCUGGGAAAUGGGACUCGAGCAGGUUAAAAGGGACACCGUCUCUCUCUCUCUCUCUCUCUCCCUCUCCUUCACACCCUCAUCCCUCCUUCCCCCAUCCCCUCGCCCCCCUCCCCUCAGCGUCUCUGGAGCUGGUCCUGGCUCGCGUGGCUCGUCUUGGGAGAACGCUUCCGCCAAACCGCCGUUUCCAGCAUGUCUGGGAUUUAUUCUUUUCUUUUUUUAAAGUACGGAGUUCUUAUGCUAACACCCACAGAUUCCCCAGCAGAGCCCCGUUUGCUUAUAUUUUUAUUAAUAGAAUUCCACCCAUACAGGCCAAAUCUUCUCUUGUGAGUCUCUUCUAAGGUGAAAAUUAAUUCAUUUAAAUACCACUAUUUGAUCUCGGUUGUCUGUAUCUGUGGUUGUAUAGCAAUACAGAUAUAGACAACGUUGAAAUGUCUUAAUAUUACAGAAGAUAAAAGGAAAUGGACGAUGCAAACAGGCUUGUGUUUAUGCACUAUAUACAGAAGAGAGAGUUCUGGUACAUGUUCGAGUUUGAUCCAGCUGAAGAAUCCAAUAUGAAUUAAAACAGUCCUGUACACGGGCUUGUUUUCUGUUCUACUGUACAUAAUCUAUAUCGAGCGUCGAGUUAAUGUGCUAAUGUUUCAGGACAUUAGUAAGGAAGACUUGUUGAUGUUGUUGUGUUUCAUUAUGCAAUCUGUCAAGGCUAAAGGACUCCAAACCUACAUUUUCUUAAUAAAAAAAGUCAAAAACUUUCGGAGAAAGAAUAAUGAUAAUUACAAGUAAAAUAGGAAACAAUGCUUUUGAGGGAUUAUAUUGGGUGAGAAUUGUAUCCACAGCAAUAGAUGGUGCCAGAGAGAGUCAGGUUUGUCUUCUUCUGGGGUUUUUCUCCCACUCCCUGAGGCACGGAGGUCUUUCUUUUUCUAUCAUUUCUUUUAUUAUUUUUUUUCUUUUUUAAAUUUAUUUUCUGAUCUUAAAUCAAACAUGCGUAGAUAUUUUUUUCACGUUUAGAGAAGUCCUUCACGACCGGGUCGCGGCCGUCGUCGUCUUGAUUGAGUCUUUAGAAAAGGAGGGGGUUC